AUUAGUAAAAAUCGCGAGUCGGCCUCGAGCCCGCAACGAGCGUAGUUGUGUGAGGUGUAACCCAGUGCGCGGUGUGAAUCCCCGACGUUUCUAACUGAAAACUGAGCCAGAGCAUGUCCUGACAAGUGGAGGAAGCUGCUAGCAGGUUGCGGGGAAAGAUCCAAGGGGAUUGUCGGAUAGAUAAGGAUUCUUCUCCAAAAUGGCGGGGGGUCAACAGCAACAAGAACAGUACACGGUACCGCAGUUGGCAAGAAUAUUUCACAACCUCCCUCACCUAAACGUAUCUCUUCAUUCCGUGAACAACACUUUCAAUCCACACUCGGAGAUUUAUCUCGAGAGCUUGGGUAUACUUGGCAGUAUCCCGGCAGCUUGGCUUAUUCUCACCCUUCUGGUCCUGCUGGUUUAUCUCGUGACGAGAUGCUGCGAUCGGAAACCAAGACCAAGGAGAUCCAUCGCUCUGUUGAAGUGUUCGCUUGCCAUACUGGCUCUGUUGUGCUGCGGUGCUGUUGCUGUUGGUCUCUACGGCAACGAUGACCUCCACAAUGGAUUGGUACAGCUUAUUUCGGCGGCCAAACACGUCGACGGUAUUAUUAUGGCAAUAAGAAAUCAGACUGGUACGAUAGAGGCAACGCUUAAGCAGAAAAUUCAAGUGCAGUUAACAACUCUCGAAGACGCCUUCGACGCGCCGACGAGUAACAAAACCAUGCUGGCAGCGCUGCUCGCCGCCUUGGCUAGCAUGAAACAGAAUACAAGCAUCGCCGCGAACCGUAGCAUCGAGAUGAGAAGACCACUGAGUGGAAUUGGCUUGGCUGGUGCCAUUGGAAUGGGGGAGAAAAUCGAGCAGUUAAGGUGGCCAGUUACCAUGGCUGUUCUCAGCGCCCUUCUUGUUCUCUGCGUUGUUUUACUCGUCGGCGUAGCUCGUCACUCUCGAUGCGCUCUGAUCACCUUUUCCGUGUUUGGUUUGUUCGCCGUGAUAGUCUCGUGGCUAAUGGCCUCCCUUUAUCUGGCGACUUCGGUAGCUCUAGGAGACCUCUGCGUGGCUCCGGAUGAUUACUUGACAAGGGCUGUACCUUCGACCCUGGCUUCCGAAGUCCUGUCUUACUACACCCACUGCGAAAGUACUCGGAGUAAUCCCUUCACCCAGAGACUGCGGGACGGUCAACGAGCUGCUGUUAACAUGCGGCAGAACUUGAAUAUCGUUACACAAUUAGCCGAUGACUUGUUCAAGAAUCAACAGCUUCAACCCAGGCUUAGCAGCCUCAUGACCGACGUAAAAUCCGUCGAUCGUCUCAUGUCGAAUCUCGCCACUCUUCUCGACUGCAGACCUCUGCAGAAGCAAUAUGUUAACGCUGCGAAAAGUCUUUGCCAUUUAGGAUUAUACGGGCUGACGUUCAUGCUUCUUGCGAGUCUUGCUGCCGGAUUGUUUUUCACUGUACUCGUUUGGGUCGAUUCGCACACGUGGAUUUACAUACGGAAACGACGUGACUAUCAUCAAGUGGACGAGCAGGAUCCGUUCCUCCCUCCGUCGGCGGCUUCGCAGGCUAUCGCAGCACGCACUCUUCGUGGCCAAGGGUCGUACCCGCCUACAGCCCCUCCUAGUAUUCAAAUUGGCAACAAAAAUGCUAUUAAGCAGCCCUUGUUGCUCACGCCUCCCCCGCCGUCCUACGCAACAGCUACUGCUCGAGCACGUCAACUGCACGAGAGCAUGCUCAAAGGUGGGGGUGUCAACGGGGGAGGAGCCGGGGACAUUAAAUCGGCUCAGCAUAAUCAGCAAUCGGCAAGUGGACGGACUGAGCACCACAGGGCUGGACUCGGAGACCAACCUGGCCAGUACGCGACUUUAAGCAAACAGUGCAAGACCCUUGAAUCUAGUGAUUUCUACUGAGGGCACGCCCCCUCGGGACCUGGAAGAGAACCGCCCUGGACGCCAACUGUCGCGUCUUUCACCGGGACUCUGUCGCACAAUAAUUCGCACGGCCCAGCUCAUCUAGCCACUUUCCAAGACUCUAGAAAAACUCAGACACUUGAUCCGAAGAACCUGGCUAAUCUGAAACGCGGUCCAACUCCGGCAUGGAAUCAGAACCGACCGUUGCCGCCUAAUCCAUCCCAGCCUUCCUGGGAGUUUGAGUCGCGUUCUCAGUCGAACAUGAAUCAGUUCAGAUCCCUAGUUAGAAACAAAGCUCCUAAUAUCAGAAUACAAGAUCAGAUGCAGGAUCAGGUUCGUACCUUGGACCGUAAUUUUUCAAGAGGUCAGUUUAAUAAUGGUGGACAAAACAAUGCUGUACCGAACAUGUAUGGUACGUACAACAGGGCUCAAGCUAGGCAGGAAAAACCUGUUCCCACCUUGAGUCAGGUACAAGGCAGUGAUCCCAAUUUAUAUGCCGUCACCGAGUUGUAAUUGGGAGAGUUUUGUGGGUGUGACGAUCGAUUUGACGAUAGUUCAUUAGAUUGUAGAGUAAAACUUUCGAAGAAACUGAAACAAAAUUUCUCUAUACAGAGAAUAAGAAAUUGAAUACAGCUCACGAUCGACAAAUACUGUAUGUGUAUGUGUAUGCAUGUAUGUGUGUGUGUGUGGAAAUAUCAAGAAACAUAAUCAAAACAAUCUUCUUGUAUCUCAUUAAAUAGUGAAUCAUCCGUAAUACCAUUAAAUGGAAACGAUUUUAAACGCACAUACCGGUUAAAGUUUAAUAAACGGUUUAUCAUAUACUCAAUACAAAAUACGUACAUAUAAAUGGGUCGAUGAAAUCAGAAAGGAAAAGCAGAUAAAAUAAUACACAUGUUACCUACUUUUCAUGGUAAACAAAUAAACACUAUUUAAUUGGCGGACUGAUAUGGGAAUGAUUUUAACGUUUCUUUGAUCGCUUGAAAUACUAUUCGUUGAUAUCUCUGGAGAGUUCGGAUUAUGUAAGCUAGGCAAAGGAUAUGCGAUUUAUUGAGCGACGGGGGUUUAUUUCGAGUUCUGAAAUUGUCGCCACGACGAUAGCGGUAACGAUAAUGAGGGGGCGAAAAACUCUUAGAUCUAAUUAUGUGAAAAUAGGUUGGUUGAUUCGUCGGUGAAAACUUUAUCGAAUAUUAAUGUUGAGAAGAAACCGUUUAACCGUCGGUUGACGAAAAAUGGUAAUAAUACUCAUUGUUGCCGUAUAGAAAAAUUUGGUUGUAGUAAAUUAUACGGUGUAUUAUGUUAUACAGGAGUUAUCGAAAUGGACGUUGGAAUUCGCGUGCGUUGGUUUUUGGCGUUCUAUCAGUUCGGGUUUACAUUUAUAUAUGAGUUAUUUUCACGAAAGAUUUUACGCAAAACCUACAUAUUUAUAUAUUUCAAAUUACUAAUAACGUAGAUCACUGAACAUAUAUAUAUAUAGAAGAAAAGUAAGAAUGCUCAUUUUCUAAUGAACUGCUGCUAAGAAAAUGUAGGUAUAUUUAUGAUCUACAAAAGACAUAAUUAUUAUUGAUGACGAGACGUCAUUGUUUUAAUGCAUUUAAAUAUCUUCCGAGAGAAAGACGAAUCAAGAAAAAAUUCUAAUGUGUAGGUAUACUGAAAGAUAAUUUUGAUAUAAAUUGCAGACAAACGUUUCAAUUCAUUCUAACAUGAGAGAGAAGAGACGGGAAGAAAGCACACAAAUCUGUUCAAUUUCAUCGGUAUAUCGAGCCGUUGGCAAUUGAUUAGUAUGAAUUUUAAUAUAUAGCUAUAUACGAAUGUGUAUAUAUGUGUAAGUAUAUUUGUUAUCACUAACCCCAUUGAUUUUUCUUCCUCUUGAAAAAAAAAAGCAAAAAAAAAAACUGGAAAAAACCGAUAAACAAGUAAUAGUAAUAUUAAUAUUCAUAACUUAACGCAUAUUGUAUGAAAUGCUGCCCAAAACUCAGGCCACGUUUUUUAAGUACAAACACAUUACGUCAAAACUACUGUAUCGAUUGAUGAAACUAUGGAAAAAUUCCAUUGAAUUUCAUCAAUUUAUCGAUCACAACCACAACAACACGGAUUAUUUUCCAAUACUACGAUAUAAUAUCGUAUCUACUGUAAUCUUAAGAAAUACUUGCGCAGGCACGGAUAUAAUAAUGUAGAAUUGUUAUAUUCACACAAGAUCCCGAAAAAGGUACAUAAAAACGUUUACUUUAAACGGAUUUCUAAGAUUUUUUGGGCGUAAAAUUACCUGUAAUAACGAUGGUGAUUUUUUCCUAUCACGUAACUAAUUGAAUAUAGACAAAAAAGGAGAAGAAAAUAAAAAAUUGCAACGAAACUGCCAAGUUAGAUGAAAAAGAUUUCGGUUUAGUUUAUAAACAAUUUGAAUAAAACCAUUGUAUAUAUAAUGCUGUAGCUGAAUGAAACUUCUACAAUGUGGAAUUUUGAAUCUUAAUGUGUAAUCUAAGGAUAAUAUGCUGGAAUAACUUUUUAUUUCCAUACCCCGUUUACAAUAACUUUGUAACAGUUUAUCAUUCGCGUGGUAAUACGUCACACAAUUAGUACUGAAAUAUUCACAAUUUAAUUGCACACCUGUUAAUUACGAUUUACAAUUGAAAUUUAUAUCACUUGGGGGAAAAAAAACA